UGUGACCGAGCCAAAUAUCAGACGGGCUGUUUAGUCUAUCGUUUACCUCUCGACUUGACGCGCGACCUCCGGACAGAGAGAAACAAGGGAGAGUUACACAUAAAAAUACACACCUCUGAAAAAAGGAAACAGUGUGGCAACAGAAGGGAAAACACUAUUCUAGUUUAUCGUUAGUUUGAGUAGUUGGUGAAUUUGGUUUUUAGAUAAAACCCUUUACCAAAACAGAAGACUGGUACAAGGAUUGGAAGAAACAGAAGUACCCGAAAAAGGAAGCAGGAAACUUGAAAAGUGAAGUUGAGAAGAUGUGAAUGAAAGAAGAUGGAAAAAAUAUAAAAAAAAUAUUACAUCUGUCAGGAUCGGUCGCUCCAGACAACAGUUGUCCUGUCGCGUUACAGCCGAUUGCUACGAUAUCGAGUGUAUAUUAUUCCCGGUGUUUUGAAACGGUGCAAUCCUAAUGUGAGAGGAGAAUACACAGUGGAAGGAAGGAAGGCGCAAAACAAACGUGAAAUAAAAAUAGGAAACACAAAAACGGCGGGGAAGGAUAUCCGUAAAUUUGUGUCGAAGAGUGACAAGGGAAAAAUAUAGCUGUGUUGAAUUGUGUUGUCGUUCUGCGGGGUCAGAAAUUGAUAGAAUUAGAGGAAGGAAUGAUUAUUAUUAGGGGAUGAUUAAGUGCGGCAGUCGAACCUACACCACGGAUGGCAGUUACCAAAAUAGGCAGUGGUAUCAGCUGUCUCCAGAGCAAAUAGUUUUAUAACGGAUUAAUCGUGAAUGACCAUCGCUCCGAAGGAAGCGACUCAACUCCAAGAGUGAAGAGCACAUGAAAACAAAUCGCUAGUUCCCCGUGCUAUCAAAGUGGUUUGACAAAUUAAGUGCGAGCGAAAUAAUUAUCAGCGUGACACAACGAAGAAACCGACACGCACACCGAAAAUCAAGCUCGUAGGAAGAAUCUGAAGAAGAACGAGCCGCAAAACAGGCGAAAAGUGGAGAGAAAACAAAGUGUCAACUAAUAACAUAUUAGAGGGAAGAAAAUAGAUACAACCUAGGUGCACAAAAAAAAAAGAUAAGCGGAAAGCCCAAGUGUGUAUGUCCGUGCCUGUGAAGCAUAGCAAAAAAGAGGCAAAUAACAGGAAAAAAAUCGCAAUCAACGAAGCGGUAGCCGUGAAAGGUGAGUGUGUGAAGUGCAAAAAGUAAUAAUAACAACAAGCCAUGAGCGGCGGAAAAAUAGUAGCAGUAGAGUAAUAUAAACGAAGGUGAAACACAGAGAAAAGGAAAAGGGCAGAAAACCAAGAAGAUUCAGCUCUCUCCGUUUGCAAAACACAGUUCCAAAUAUAAAGGAAGAAAAUAAGAAAUCUCAAAAUAAAAGGUUGAAGCAAAUAAAAGUUGAAGAAAGUGAUCGCAACAGUGAGUUUGCCCGAAAUAAAAAUCAAGAGAGCGGAAGUGUCACCUCGCACGAUCUAGUUCGCCACGAUCUGCCGCAUAUCGUGACGUGACAUCCAAAAGUGUUUGCCUGCAAAGCAGCAGGCCAUAGCAGGAGAGAGAAAGAGGGAGAGAGGGAGAGAAGAGAAGGUGGAACGGCGAGCGCCAGCAUUCCAGCUGUUGACCUGUGACUGUAGCAGUGAAGAAGAACGUCGCGCGCGCACUUGCAGACAGAUUAGAGAGGACUCGAACACGUAGAAGGGGUCAAAAGACUUAACGAAGACAAACUAACUGUUACGAUUUUCACGGAUUAGCAUGAAGCUGCAUCGAAGCGGUUGAAUGGAUUACCACCGAAGCAAGCAUUGACUUCUUAGACAGCUAUGAUCCGGGUAUGAGUGCCCAGGGGGGCUCCCUCUAGGGGCUCCAUCAUUGGGUGAUCGAGUGCCACCCAUGUGUGUGGUUCUCUAACGUCUUACCACAACGACCGUUACCAUUCAUAACUCAAAAAGAAUUCCUAAGCAUCGAGUGUUCUAAAUGCGACGAAUCAGUCAGUAAUUACGCGCAAGUUGAAAGGUUCUAGCUCCAACGUAGAUUCCGUUUGGGGAGACAAUUUUGAGCAGGUUUCAUCGGUAGCGCGAUAUGGUCGCAGCAGCCGGAGGACAGCAAGGCGGGAUGGACGUCGGAUAUAAUCCGCAGAUGAACAACAUGGCGAUGCAUUCGCAGGCGUCAUGGAAUCAGAUGAACGGGAUGAACCAGAUGGGGGGCAUGAACCAAAUGGGAGGUGGGGGUGGUGGAGGAGGCAUGAACCAAAUGAGUCCCGGAAUGAACCCCAUGGGUCAGAUGGGUGGUGGAAGUGGAGCGGGUCAAGGUGGAGUUGGAGUAGGAGCAGCAGGCGGUGGUGGAAAUAUGGGUGGUAUGGGUGGGAUGCAGAUGAACCAGAUGGGUUCGAUGAAUGGAAUGGGUAGCUAUGGUAGGCAUCAUCAGCAGAUCAACCCGAUGGCGCAGAUGAUGAACAUGGGCAUGGGAAUGGGAGGCCAGAUGGGACCAGGAACGGGGAUGAACGGAAUGAACCAGCUGAAUAGUAUGAAUCCGCUUAAUCAAAUGAACCAGAUGUCACCGAUGUCGAAAAUGCAAGGAAUGGCCAAUGGAUAUCCGGCGCAUCCGAGGAGGAUGGCUCCGUAUCCGAAUCCGCAGAUGCAGAUGGCGCAGAAACGGUCCAUGUACGGGAUGAGUCAGCAAGGAAUGCCCGGGGCUGGUUCCCAAUUUCCUCCUCAUCAACCUACCGGAGUUCCUCUACCGAUGCAAGCCAAUACCGGCUACGGAAGGCACGGUCCUAUGCCAAUAAACUAUCGGGCUCCUCCGAUGAUGCAGCAGCAGAGACAAAACACUCCUCCCUACAGCGCCGGCAGUGCGCACAGUCAACAACAGUAUUAUAACACGGGCUACCAAAAUAUGCAAGGCUACCAGCCGGACGUUCGGAUGAACUACCAGCACAGUCCUGUGCCCGGAAAUCCCACACCUCCACUCACACCCGCCUCUUCCAUGACACCGUACAUUAGUCCAAAUCCGGAUAUUAAGCCAAACCUACCACACAGUAAGUUCAAAUUAUCCCUUCCCAAAGAUCUUGUCAUUUACUUAGCACUGACCUUUAUCUUUACAGAAGAUGAAGAACUCCGGCUCACGUUCCCGGUACGGGACGGCAUCCUACUACCACCGUUCCGAUUGGAACAUAACCUCGCAGUCAGCAAUCACGUUUUCCAGCUGAAGUCUACCGUGUACAACACGCUCAUGUGUCGACCGGAUCUGGAACUGCAGUUGAAAUGUUUCCACCACGAAGACCGACAGAUGAACACCAACUGGCCGGCCAGUGUUCAGGUGUCAGCAAAUUCUACCCCGCUGGAAAUCGACCGGGGCGACAACAAGAAUACCCAUCGGCCACUUUACCUGAAGCAAGUCUGCCAACCUGGGCGGAAUACGAUCCAGAUCACGGUUAGCACCUGCUGUUGUUCUCAUCUAUUCGUGCUACAAUUGGUGCAUCGACCGUCGGUCAACCACGUACUGCACACACUUCUGAAGCGCAAUCUCCUGUCUGCUGAACAGGCGGUGGCCAAGAUCAAACGAAACUUUGCCGUUGGCCACACAACGAAUCCCAACCAUCCGCUCGGUGCAAACGGACUGGGUAACGAUAAGGACUCGCUUGAACCCGCAACCUCCACAAAAGUCUCCCUCAAAUGUACCGUAACCUCGAAACGAAUAGCACUUCCAGCGCGUGGCCAUGACUGCAAGCACAUCCAGUGCUUCGACCUGGAAGCGUACCUAGCGCUUAACUGUGAACGUGGCAACUGGCGGUGUCCUGUGUGCAAUAAACCCGCGCUCACCGAAGGCCUCGAAAUCGAUCAGUACAUGUGGGCCAUCCUGAAUACCCUCAACUCUUCCAACACCCCGAACGGAAUGGACACGGAAGAGGUGGUCAUCGAUUCGCAGGCGAAUUGGAGGGCGAUAAAACCGGCCGGCGGAAACAAUGGCAUCAACGGUGGUUCCAGUACGGUUACCCCCGGAGGUUCGACUCCUGGAGCCGAUGGAAGUGGCAACGGACGGGGCAGUUCGACUCCCGGACUCAUCGGCAUCAAACCCGACCCGGACGGGGAUAGUAAGCAAUUCAGUAAGGUUAUGUCACCGGGAUCAACGUCGCUUCCCACGUGGGACAACAUGAAUGCCAUGAGCCCCUAUAUGAGCCCGGACAUGAGCUCGAUCGCCAGCGGAAGCAUGAUGGGAUCAAAUUAUAAUCAGCGAACACAGUAUGAUACGUUCGGUAAUACGAUCAAACAGGAACCGAAUACGAAUGUGCAGAGCGGUGGAAACAGUAAUGGACCUGGGACACCCGGUGAUUUCGGCACAAACCCGCUGGCGCAUUUAAGUGAUUCAGUCAACUCGCUAGAUCCUCUCAAUGCCAUGGAGAAGUCGCUAAUCGAUCAGAUGCCCCACACACCUCACACCCCACACACACCAGGUGGUGGAAACUCCCACCCUAUGACGCCGGGUGGUCCGCCAAGCGUGCCACCGGCCAAUGAAAACAACUCAAGUCAAUCUGGAAAUAGCGGUAACAACAAUAGCAGUAGUAGUGGUAACAACAGCAGUAGUUCCAACAACUCCGGAAGCGGAAACAACAGCAACGGUAACCAAAAUAGCAGUAACAGCGGUAGCCAUAGCAACAACCCAGUAGCGAACAGCUUGAUGCACUCGCCACAGCACCAACAGCAGGCCAUGGGAAUGGGCAACAAUCCGGCGGCGAACAUCAUGAACUCGCCGCAGAGUUUGAUGAACUCGCCGCAGAAUAUGAUGAACUCACCGCAGAACAUGAUGAACUCGCCGCAGAGCAUGAUGAACUCGACGGCGAACAACCUGCAGCAGAAUCUGAUGAACACGAUGAACUCGAUGAUGCAGAACCAACAGCAGCAGUGCAACAACAACCAAACUGGACUGGUCGGAUUGACGGACGUGGAUCUGCCGGCAGAUCUCAACUUUGAUCCGGCGGCCGUCAUCGAGGGCGAGGGUGGCAACGAUUUGAAUCUUCUUCCAGACAACGUAGUGGACCCGAUGGAGCUGCUGUCCUACCUGGAUCCACCACCGGACCUCAAUACGCCACCCUCGAGUGGUUCCAGCAACAAUGCCAACAGCGACGACAUUCUGGCAGCACUGUUCGACUAGGGCCGCAUGCCAGCAGUGUGACCAUAGCAGACCAUGGCAGGACGAGCCGGAAAUGCAAACAAACGAAAAUAAUGCAAGCUGAAAUGUGAUGGGUUUUGUUUUUUGUUCUUUCAACUCACAACUUUAGCGAAAAUGGAUACGGAAAUUUUGCUAAGCUGUCAAAAUUGUUUAUCGAAGCUAGUGGAAAGGUGAAGCAGAAGAUGAUUGUUUGUUUUUGUCCUAAGAAAAAGAGGGAUACUAUUUAAGCAAAAUGUAUGAAAUGUGAUUUCGAACGUGGCGCUAACCUAAGUUAAUGAACAAUGUUUACACACACAAAAAGAAAACAAACAAACAAACAAACCAGAAACGGAUAAUGAAAGGAACAAAGGAAAGGACCUGGAAAGUGAUAGUCAAAAAUGGUUUUUGGACCUCCCCCUCCCUCUUCUCCCUUAACACUGCUUUUUCGAGACGAAAAAGAACCACAUGCUUAUGGCAUAAGUUUUUAAAUUGAAUAUUUAUUUUCCAUGAAAUAGUUUUUAGUCUUUUUGUAAAAAGGAAAUUAUUUAUUUUGUACAAAAGAAAAACGAACAUGUUUAGUAUAUUAUUUGAACCUUAGUUUUCCGGGGAAAAAUGGAUCGACUCUGUUUUAUAGAGAUAAAAAUGAUCUUAAAUAAAUGAUUUAAUGGAGGAAAAUAAGAGAAUUGUUUAAGCGAAAUGUUAAACUUAAAGAUAUUAAAUUUUAAUCAAAAAUGUACAAAAGAAUUAAGAAACUAUUAUAUAUAAAUUUAAUAUAUUAAAGCAAAACACAUUACUAACUAAAUUUAAACUAAGUCACUCACAUACACGGACAGACACACACACACAUUAACACAUCCACAUACACAUACAAAACAUAUGCAUUGAAGUCAAGAAAACCAGCAGACAUUUAAUUGAUAGCAAAGGAAAUCCAAUUACUAUACACGCAAAGAAAAACAUAACACACACACUCACACAUUCACACAAAAUAAAAAAAAAAUGGUUAUAAUUUUCGCUCUCUUAAAUGUUUGUAGCGUAAUCAAAUUAAUCGAUCUGUAUUUCGAUCAAACCUAAUACAAUCUGGACGAAUAUUGACGUAAAAUUGAGAUAAAAAAACAUCAGCAAAUGAAAAGUAAACAAAGAAUCACAAACAAAGACCUAUUAAUUGAUUAAAAGAAAAAAAAAAGUAAUAGAAAAUAAACGGCUUCAACGUAGUGACCUUUGAUUUUAUUGUAAAGUAAACAAAACAAGUAGACAACAAUGAAUCGAUCAAUCAAGAUGGCGCCAGCGCGAGGCCAGUAUUUUUAUAUAUUUCAAACCAAGUUGAGGACAGCAAAAAUCAGUACCAGCAUUUGUUCCUUUCCCAGCAAUCACCAUCAUCACCAUCAUCAUCAUCAUCAUCAUCGGGGACAAGAAUCGUCACACUUUCGUUUCCCCCCGAUCGCCCCAUCGUCAAUCUUCGUUCGCUUCAAUCCGAAUUCUGUUGAUUCCGUUGCCUUGGUAACGGGAAAAAAAGAAACAUUCUAAACCUCGAAAAGAGAACCAUUCAUGUGGUUCCUCUCUCGCGUAAGAAAGUUCCAAGCCUAAGCAGAUAGUUAUUUAUUUUCUUUUAUUUAAUUUAGCAAACAAAAAUCCUAACCAACCACCAUGCGCGACCAUAGUUAAUCAUUUUCUGUUUCCUGAAAAUUAAAAACCACUAUCAUCCCAUGCAGAGAAAGCAAAAUUUUUACAACGUGAUAGUCACUUAAAAUUAAAUCUUAAAAAUUGUCAAACAUUGAUCAAGUAUAUUUUACAACAAAAGCAGUUAAACGACAACUUAAAAACAAAUCAGUAAAAAAAAAACAUUGAUACGGAAGGUUUGGAAUAAUCAGAAGAAAAGAAAGAAACUUAAUCAUAUGAACGAAAAGUGAAUCAAAAUUAAGAAAAAGAAACUAGCAAAUGAUUGAAAUUUCCGAACGAAAAUGCAACUAUUUUACUCAGCAAAGUGAAGGAUGAAAGCAAACUUUUAAACACACACAUGACACCUUUCCAUUCACAAUUUUAAUCAAGGAAAAAAUGCGGCUCUUGUUGAAAACAAUCGAUUGAAUUCUCCCCUCGCAUCGGUUCUUUAUUUUUCUCCCCGCACACCGAAGGAAGGAUUUAAAUGCAACACAGAAAUCAGCAAGGUUACACAUAGUUCAUUAAGUUUCCCCAGCCCUCUCCCUCCCUCUGUAUUAUUUUGUACAUAUUGUCUAUAUUGAAGAAGUCACGAGAAAAACCACGAAAAGCAACACAAUUGAAGUGGUUUAGUGAAGUGUAAAACAAACAAAAAAAAAACAGAACGGCAAAAAGUAAUUGAAAAUAUUAACUUUAAAUUAAUUAUAUUUAAGAUAAAAACAAAAACAACUAUGAGAAAAGGAAAACAAAUUUUGAAAAUAAUAAAAAGCAAAAUGGUUUAAAAAAUGAUAAUGAAA